AUGGAGUCGGAGGCGGCGGCGCGGACGCUGCCCAGCGCCGGGCGCCUCUCCGGCGCCGCGCGGCUGUCGCGGGGGCCGCUCUUCGGGCGGCCGCGCGGGCGCCUCGGGCCUGGCUCCGGCCUGCCGCCGCCGCCCUGCCAGCUCACCGUCCCGCUUCUCCGUUCGCAGGGAGACGCGGCCCCCCGGGACACGGCGUUCCUGCUGCGCAAGCAGUGGGCCUUGUACAGCGUGACGCCCCUGUACAAGUUCUCGAGCGCGGAGCUGAGGGAGUACGCGAGGCUGCUGGGCGCCUUCGUGGCCGCCGAGAGGCGGAAGGGCGCAGCCGUGCAAGUCGGGGCGGACGCGGACAUCAGGGUGACCUUCUCCAGCCUCCCCGCGCUGCGGGGCAGCGGCCGGGACCAGGCCGCCGUGCUCGUGCAGCUUUCUUCAAGAUCAUCGGUUUCCCAAAAAAGUUCAGAAGAGAAGCUGAUGUGGUCGGGCUGGUUCUGUUGUGUGUCUGGAGAUGAUCUUUUAGAGAAUGUGCCGGAGGACUUCACUUGUUUGCCUUUGUUUCUGGCUAACGGCGCGGAGAGUUACGUGGCCAUUGUUGGCAGCUGGUUUCAGAAGACUUUUGACUGCCGCUUCCGCCGUUUAGCCAUCAGCCCCCUCAAUCUCACUUGGAUGGCAGCCAUGUGGACUGGAUGCAAAGUGGAAAAAAAUGCAUCUGCAACAGAACUUGUCUUCUCUGUUCCUUGUCUUCCCCAGCCUCUGGAUAUAUCAUAUGCCAUUCACCCUGAAGAUGCGAAAGCUCUGUGGGACACAGUACAGAAAACUCCAGGAGAGAUCACUCAGGAAGAGGUGGACCUCUUUAUGGACUGCCUUUAUUCUCACUUUCACAGACACUUUAAGAUCCACUUGUCAGCUACAAAACUGGUAAAAGUUUCUACAGCAAUUGCCUCAGCACACUGCGAUGGGAUUAUAAAGUUUCUACAAAGCCAACACCUAAUUGGAGUGCUGAUGCUACUGACAGAACUAGCAAUCUCUCAGAUACAGUGAGACUUAUUUCAGCUGAUCUUCAUCCCCCCCCAAGGCUUACUGCUGGAAAACCUAAGCUGGGAAACCUAUUGGAAACUUGCUCCUGCAGAACUUUCCUUUCUCGCACACUUGCUGUCUAGAGUCAAACUCCUGCACCCAAACCUGUAGCUAGCAUUAAUCUACAUAAUCCUCCACAGGAAAGAAGAAAAGAUCUUUUGCUCUAAUAGAAAGGCCACAGUCCUAGGAGAUAAAACAUUGCAAACUGCUGGAUGCAACUUAAUGAUAGAUAUUUCUGCUGUUGUUUCAAAUGGCAAUCAUUUUUUUCACUAGACAGCCCCUGCUAUAGGGCCCUUAUUCUUAGCUAGACUUAGUAAUACCCUUGGGCCUAAAUCUAAAUGCCAAGUUAAGCAUGCCUGAGAAAGGGAUGCAACUUAUGAGGCAGAAAAAUCCAGGUCUCUAACUUCAAUACUGGUAAGGCUUCAAAAUCUUACAAGGCCAGCAUGUAACAGUAACAAAGUACAUCCUCACUCCCCAGUCAGGUUGGGUUUUUUCCUCCAGGGUGGAAAAAAGCAUGUAACAAGUGCCUUGUUUCCAGCUCUACUUGUCCUCACAGACAUGUUAAUGUGUAGAAAAUCAAGGGCUGUCUAUAAGCUAGGGACUUGGUAUGUUUUGCCUGGUGUUUCAUCUCCUGCAAUGUAAUCCUGUAGUCUGGAGAGCUCUGUGUUGAAGCUAUGGGUGCUAAAACUUUAGACUAGCUUUCUCCCUGCAGCAGGUAGAGGUUCAGAGCUAGUGCAUAGUAAUUACCUGUAGCUUAAAUGAGCACAGCAGUAGUAGAACGUGGUAUAUCUUAAGCGCUAUAAUUUUUGUAUUACAGUACUAAAUAAAGAAAAUAUUUGCCUUUUUUGCUGUUACUUUGGUCUUUAGCAAAGUAAAGAAAAAUCUGUCUAAUGAAACAUAUACUUGUAUUUUGUUUCCUAAACUAGUGAUCAGUCACCUAUUAAAUAAUUGUGAGUGGCAAAACUUAGAAAACUAGUCUUAAGAACUUCACUUGUACAGCAUCUCCAAUGUCUCUGAUCAGUUGAGUUUGUGCUAUGACCUUCCUCUAAGCAAUGAUUAAAGUUUUCUGUACCAACCCA